AUCAGACGUCGCCAGGACCAGGAAGAUUGAUGACGUUGUUUUUGUGCGCCAGGGAACCGGCUUGUGAUUAAUUCGUAAACGUUGGUGAAUUCGCGUGUGCACAUUUCAGGUUUAUUUUAUUUAUAUGUAAGAUGUAGUUGGGGGCUGAAGGUCACAUGGAAUAAGAUCUGAAUUAUAAAUAAAAACGUUUUUUGUUUGUGUUCAAUUUGAGCGGCGUUUGUUGUGUUGAUGUCUGAGACACAGAGCAGCGCUGAAUAAGACCCAGUGUAGGUUUCCGCUAUGAGUUCUGGUUAUGGGAGAGGACGCGGCCGCAGAGGAGGACGUGGUGGAGGCGGAGGAGGAGAGCGAUGGAGCUCCGACUGGGAUGCCGGGGAUGAGCAGCAUCGAGGCGGAGGAGGCCGCGGGAGACACCCGCCGCACCUGAAAGGCAGAGAGAUCGGACUGUGGUACGCCAAACGGGGGGGACAGAAACGCGCAGAGGACGAGAGGAAGUCGAGAGCCGUGGUUCAGAUGGACGAGUCGCGAGAGCAGCGCAUCACACAGCUGCUGAAUUCAGUCCAGAGAGAACCCUCACGUGACUCCGGCUUCCAGUACCGGCAGCCCAAACCGGAACCGAGCGGCCACAGCUACUUUGACGGCGACGAUCCUCCAGAGGAGCUGCAGCAAACGAUGAAAGUGGCUAAAAUGGAGUCUGUGAAGGUGAAGGUGGAGAAAGAGGAGCCGGAGCUGAUGACCAGCGUCAGGGAGAAGCGUGUGGAUCGAGAUCUUGAGUACCUGGUGCAGGAGAUCAGUCGAAAUCCUUCACUAGAUGAAGAGCUGGAAAAAGACCUUCAGAGCAAAAGACAGAAUUCGAAAUACCUGGACAUGCUGAUGUUCAGAGAGAAGCUGCCGUCCUACAAUAUGAGAGAGGAGCUGGUGACGCUGAUCCAGUCUAACCGCGUGGUGGUGGUGAGCGAAACCGGCUGUGGCAAAACCACACAGGUCACUCAGUUCAUCUUGGACGACUACAUCGGGCGUGGCAUGGGCUCUCUCUGCAGGGUGGUGUGCACACAGCCCCGGCGUAUCAGCGCCAUAUCGGUAGCCGAGAGGGUGGCGGCGGAGAGGGCGGAGUCUGUGGGAGAAGGGAAGUCUUGCGGAUAUCAGAUCCGUCUGCAGAGCCGGUUGCCACGGAAACAAGGCUCGGUGCUGUAUUGUACCACGGGAAUUAUUCUUCAGUGGCUGCGCUCAGAUCCGUGUUUGUCCAGCAUCAGUCAUCUGGUCCUGGACGAGAUCCAUGAGCGCAGUCUGCACUCAGACGUCCUCCUCACCAUCGUGAAGGACCUGCUGAGGCACAGAGACGAGCUGAAGGUGGUGCUCAUGAGCGCGACGCUGAACGCCGAGAAGUUCAGCAGGUACUUCGAUAACUGCCCCAUGGUCCACAUUCCAGGACACACCUUCCCUGUCAAAGAGUAUCUGCUGGAGGAUGUGAUCCACAUGACUGGGUUUCGGCCGCAGCAGCAGCACGAUCGGCGUCCUCGCUUCAGGAGGGGCUUCCUGAACGGCCAACACGUACGUCCUGAGAAGCUGGAGAAAGAAGAAGAAUACAAGGAGAGCUGGCCGUGUUUCGCUCGCACACUUCGAGAGAGGUUCUCCGACAGCACUAUCGAAGUUUUGGAGAUGUUGGACGAGGACGACAAGAUCAACCUGGAGCUGAUCGUAGCACUCAUCCGCCACAUCGUGCUGAAUGAAGACGACGGAGCCAUCUUGGUCUUCCUGCCUGGCUGGGACAACAUCAGCAGCCUGAAUGACCUGUUCAUGGCCGACCAGAUGUUUAAAUCGGAUAAGUUUGUGAUCAUUCCACUGCACUCGCUGAUGCCCACAGUCAACCAGACGCAGGUUUUUAAAAGGCCACCUCCUGGAGUCCGGAAGAUUGUGAUUGCUACGAACAUUGCAGAAACCAGUAUUACGAUUGAUGACGUGGUGUAUGUGAUUGACGGAGGGAAAAUUAAGGAAACCCACUUCGACACGCAGAACAAUAUCAGUACCAUGACGGCGGAGUGGGUGAGUCUCGCCAACGCCAAGCAGAGGAAAGGACGCGCUGGCAGGGUGUCUCCAGGUAAAUGCUACCACCUGUAUAAUGGCCUGAGGGCGAGUCUGCUGGAUGCAUAUCAGCUCCCUGAGAUCCAGCGCACGUCGCUCGAAGAGCUCUGCCUCCAGAUAAAGAUCCUGAAAUUGGGCUCGAUAGCAUCAUUCUUGAGGAAGACUUUGGACCCCCCAUCGGACAAAGCCAUCGAGCUGGCUGUCACUCACCUAAUGGAUCUGAAUGCAUUAGACCGGAGCGAGGAGUUGACUCCGUUGGGAUUCCACUUGGCCCGCUUGCCUGUGGAGCCACACAUUGGGAAGAUGAUUCUGUUCGGAGCGCUGCUCGCCUGCCUGGACCCGGUGCUAAUCAUUGCAGCUAGCCUUAGCUUUAGAGACCCAUUCUCUAUUCCACUGGGGAAGGAAAAAAUUGCUGACCAGAGAAGAAAAACUCUUUCCAAAAACACUAAGAGUGAUCACCUGACUGUAGUGAACGCCUUCCGGGGCUGGGAGGAGGUGAAGAGGCGGGGCUACAGGUACGAGCGGGAAUACUGCUGGGACAACUUCCUGUCUGCCAACACACUGCAGAUGUUACAGAAUAUGAAAGGACAGUUUGCAGAGCAUCUCCUGGCCGCCGGCUUCGUGAGCAGUAGAGACCCGAAGCAUCCCGACGCCAACAUUAACUCCGACAAUGAGAAGCUCCUGAAGGCGGUGAUCGUAGCCGGUUUAUACCCCAAAGUGGCCAAGAUUCGCCCGAGCCCACACAAGAGGAGACCCAUACCAGCGAAGGUGUACACCAAGGCUGAUGGGAAGGUCUGUAUACAUCCCAAAUCGGUCAACUCGGAGGAGACGGAGUUCCACUACACCUGGCUCAUCUAUCACUUGAAGAUGAGAACCACUAGUAUCUUCCUGUAUGACUGCACAGAGGUGUCUCCAUUCUCGCUCCUCUUCUUCGGUGGUGACAUCUCCAUCCAGAAGGACAAGGAGCAGGAGACCAUUGCAGUAGACGAAUGGAUCGUCUUCCAGUCUCCUGCCCGCAUUGCUCAUUUGGUCAAGAACCUGAAGAAAGAGCUGGAUCUGCUGCUGGAGGAGAAAAUUAAGCAGCCUCGUCCGGUCGACUGGAGCGACCGCGCCUCCAAGGACUGCGCCGUGAUCUCGGCCAUCAUCGACCUCAUCACCACGCAGGAGAACACGACGUCCAUGCAAGAGCCCUACAGGAAGAGCUGCCAGCAUUGGGACUAGAGCCAGUGAACACACACACACACAGUGAGUGUGUGUGUGUGAGAUCUGCUUUAACGAUGCAAUGAGCAGAAUUUCUCCUUUAACAUCAAUCGCUGAACAUUUCACUUCCCGAUUAAAAAACUCAAUAAAAAAACAUUCAAAACAGUAAAA